AACCUGUACUCUACGUGUGAAAAAUGGAAGAACCUCUCAACCACCAACCACCACCCGAAUCCCGACAAAGACAGCGACCAUGGCGUCUCCAUCCGACAAGGAGAAGAGUGACAAUGCCAUCACUCUUCUUAGCCACCCUUCCACUGGUGUUUCCGCCAAAGCCUCCUCGGUCCAACAUCGCAACAUGAAAGAAUACGGACCCAUGAAUGCUUUGAAGUCCGAGGAUGUGUCUAGCUGUUGGUAUUCCGAUGGAAACAGCUCCAACGACGACCCACAAUGGUACCUGAUUCAAUUUGGACGUCCCAUCCAACCCACCCAACUCAAACUUCAAUUCCAAGCGGGGUUUGCGGCAGAGACGUGUCACAUACAAAUACAACAACAAUCAUCAUCUCCAACGACAAAAGACUGGGAAUCAUGGCAAGAAGUGGAACCCGACGACGUACACGAUGUGCAGAGUUUUCCACUGACAAAAGAAGACGCCAAGGAAUCAACAACCAAAGCCAUCAAACUGGUGUUUGGCGACUUUACCGAUUUCUAUGGGAGGAUCAUGAUCUAUCGGAUAGAGAUUUGGGGCGUGGAAUGUCAAAAUAAUCUUACUAAUAAACAAGAAGAUAGCUAGCUAGCAGUUAUGAAUAUGUACUAGCUAGUAUGCCUUCUAUCUAUGAGUCGAGUGGGAUAGAUAUAGUUUUUAUAGCUAUGUGUCCGACAAGAGAGCAUGCCGUAGACACAAUCUGGCUCAGCUGCUAU